CUAAAUGUCUCUCCUUCUCUGUGUUUUAUAUCCAGUUCCUUUGUAACAGGCACUGCAUGCUGUGAGAACUUCUAUCCUCUUCGUAUCUGGGAUGUGGAACGAUUAGCGUGUGUAUGCAGGCUGGGCUCGGAGUUUCGUCGUGGUGCGGGGGUGCUGGAUAUAGUCUUUGAGUCUCCGUUCCAGCUCUUCACCUGCGGCUAUGAUACCUUUGUUCGACAGUGGGACCUGCGGCUCAGUCCACAGAAGUGUGUGAUGGAGUGGGAGGAGCCUCAUGACAGUGCUCUCUACUGCAUCCAGACAGAUGGAAAUCACAUGAUAGCCAGCGGCUCGUCAUACUACGGCGUGGUCCGUAUUUGGGACAAACGUCAAACCAAAUGCUUGCAGUUCUUCCAGCUGAGCUCUGACUCUGUGAGCAGCCCAAUAUACUGCCUGAGAUUCAGCAGCUCUCACCUGUAUGCAGCUGUGGCCACUGCCCUGCACUCCUUGGACUUCAGACAGCAACCUGCUCACAUCAGAUGACACACACAUGCACACGCACACAAACAAAGACUGUUAACACUUAUAAAACCAAUAAAGAG